AUGAGGACUCGCCGCACGUGGGAGCAGCUGCAGUCGUUGCAGGAGGCUGUCCGAGGCCUGGAAGCCCUGAGGAACCGAGUCACCCUGGAUGUAAAGACCCUGACGGAGACUCAUGACCAGAGCACCUUGGACUCGAUCCCCACGUAUAAGGAGCUGCGGGGCCGUGGGAGGGAGAUUCGGCAGCAGCUGAAAGCCCUGUACCAGGAGGAGCUGCAGCUGUACAAGCGCUACUACCUGAAGGCACUGUGGCUGCCCAACCAGACUCACCCUGACGUGCCAGUUGGUGACGAGAGCCAAGCCAAGGUGCUGGACGUGGUGGGGAAGCAGCCAGUGUUUAACUUCAAGGUGAAGGGGCACCUGGAGCUGGGCGAGCACCUGGGCAUCAUACGACAGAAGCGUCUGUCUCACAUCUCUGGCUACCGGUCCUACUACCUGUACGGUGCAGGCGCCCUGCUCCAGCACGCACUGGUCACCUUCACCCUGGACAAGCUGGUCAAGCGGGGCUUCAUCCCCAUGACAGUGCCCGACCUGCUGCGUGGAGCCGUGUUCGAAGGCUGUGGGAUGCAGCCAGAUGCCAACCCCUCUCCUGUCUACAACAUCGACCCCUCCCGCUUCGAGGACCUGUGCCUGGCCGGCACCUCCGAGGUCGGCAUUGCGGGCUACUUCAUGGACCACGCGGUGGAGCUGAGGGACUUGCCCAUCAGGACGGUGUGUUCCAGCACGUGCUACAGGACUGAGACGAACACGGGCAAGGAGCCCUGGGGCCUCUACAGAGUCCACCAGUUCACCAAGGUGGAGAUGUUCGGGGUCACGGCGGCGGAGCGCGGCACGGAGAGCGCGGAGCUGCUGCAGGAGUUCGUGUCCCUGCAGAAGGAGCUGUUCUCCGACCUGGGCCUGCACUUCCGGGUCCUAGACAUGCCCACGCAGGAGCUGGGGCUGCCGGCCUACCGCAAGCACGACAUCGAGGCCUGGAUGCCCGGCAGGGGCAAGUACGGCGAGAUCUCCAGUGCCUCCAACUGCACAGACUACCAGAGCCGGCGCCUGCACAUCAUGUACGGUGACAGUGCUGGGGCGCUGCGCCACGCGCACACGGUGAACGGCACGGCCUGUGCAGUGCCCCGGCUGCUCGUUGCCCUGCUGGAGUCCAACCAGCUCCAGGAUGGGCGCGUCCGCGUGCCCCCCGCCCUGCAGCCCGUGGUGGGCACCGACAUCAUCGCCCCGCCCCAGGCUGCGACCCCGGUCUACAUCGGGCCCAACCAGCCCAAGCGCCACUGACCCCAGCGGGAGGGGGGAACGGACCCCCGCGGACGCCUGGAUUCGUAGGGCCGGAUGCUGUCGUUGCCUCGUCAACGCACCCAGACACCUGGGUUCUGCACCUGGAUGCUGCCCAUUGGCAAGGGGGGGGAGCCCCUUUCGGGGGUUCUGCUGGCUCCAGGACCCCUGACCUUGAGGGGGGCAGCCCCCAGGGGACCAGAGCUGUCAAGCAAGGGGAUGUGAUUUGGGGUGACAAUAAAGGCUUGAUGAUGGAGACGGAGUCGGUGUCCCUGGGGGCCCAGCCCGGGGGGGGGGAGUGGGGCUGAGAGUGAGAGCGGGGGGGUGAAGAGCCUGGAUGCCUGGCCUCUCUCCCGGGGGGCCCUGCCCACCCUGGGGAAACUGAGGCACGAGGGAAAGGGCAGGAUGGGGUGGGCACCCCCAAGGGUCCUGGCUCCCUGCCCCCCCCCAGCCACUGCCUUCCCUGAGCCUUCGGGUGUGGGGGGGCUCGAUGGCGGCUCAGUGGGUGGGGAAACUGAGGCAUGGAGCAGAGCUCCCCCCAGCUCGGGCUGACAGCAGGGGGGCAGUGCCCGCAACCCCUCACCCCGGACGCCUGGGUCGCCCCCCCUUCCCGUGGCCGUGCCCCCGUGCCUCCAUUUGCACACACACGCGCGCGCGCGCACACACACACACACACACACACACACACACACCCCGCUGGG